GGGGCGGGUGCGGAUCUCGCGGCCUGGGUCCCGGUUCCACAGCCCGCGCCGCCUACCCUGCCCUAGCGCAGCCCGGCUCGGCCCCAUGUACCGCGCGCUGUACGCCUUCCGCUCGGCGGAGCCUAACGCGCUGGCGUUCGCCGCGGGCGAGACCUUCCUGGUGCUGGAGCGCAGCAGCGCGCACUGGUGGCUGGCGGCGCGGGCGCGCAGUGGGGAAACGGGCUACGUGCCGCCCGCCUACCUGCGCCGCCUGCAGGGCCUAGAGCAGGAUGUCCUCCAAGCCAUUGACCGGGCCAUCGAGGCUGUACACAAUGCAGCCAUGCGGGAUGGUGGCAAGUACAGCCUGGAGCAGCGUGGAGUCCUCCAGAAGCUGAUCCAUCACCGGAAAGAGACUUUGUCCCGCAGGGGCCCCUCUGCCUCCAGCCCUGCAGCCAUGACCCCAUCCACAAGUGACCAUUAUCUGGAUUCUGCUGCUGGCAGGCAGCCCAAUGGGGUGUGUCGUGCUGGGUUCGAACGGCAGCACAGCCUGCCUAGCUCUGAGUGUCUUGGGGCAGACAGAAGCCUCUACCAGAUCCCACCGCAGCCUCGCCGAGCAGCACCUGCCACACCCCCUCCACCUGUGAAGCGCCGAGAUCGCGAGGCCCUGGUGGCCUCGGGCAGUGGCGGCCGCAACACCACGCCCUCCGGGGGCAGCUCUGUGUCCGGCAGCUCCUCAGUCAGCAGCACCUCCCUUGACACGCUCUAUACUGGCUCCAGCUCGUCUGAGCUGGGCCCCAGCGGCUCACCCACACCCCCGCCCGUGCCCCGCCGCAGUACUCUUACCACUGUGUCCCAAGCUCAGCCCCCUCCCUCCAAGGUGCCAGCCCCUGAACCCUCUCCAGAGGAGGUGGCAGUUGAUACACCCUCAGUCCCUGAUGAGCUGGAGGCCCUGGGUGCGCUGAGCCUGGAGACCACAGAGGAGAAGGCAGUGGCUGAAACAGUCGUGCCCAGGACCAUCGGGGCAGAGCUGAUGGAGCUCGUGCGGAGAAACACUGGCCUGAGCCACGAGCUAUGCCGUGUGGCCAUUGGUGUCGUGGUGGGUCACAUCCAGGCCUCUGUGCCAGCCAUCUCACCUGUCAUGGAGCAGGUCCUCCUCUCGCUGGUAGAGGGCAAGGACCUGAGCACUGCCCUGCCCUCCGGGCAAGUCUGCCACGACCAGCAGCGGCUGGAAGUGAUCUUUGCAGACCUGGCUCGGCGGAAGGACGAUGCCCAGCAGCGCAGCUGGGCCCUAUACGAGGAUGAGGGUGUCAUCCGCUGCUACCUGGAGGAGCUGCUGCACAUUCUGACUGAUGCAGACCCUGAAGUUUGCAAGAAAAUGUGCAAGAGAAACGAGUUCGAGUCUGUCCUGGCCUUGGUGGCCUACUACCAAAUGGAGCACCGGGUGUCGCUGCGGCUGCUGCUGCUCAAGUGCUUUGGGGCCAUGUGCAGCUUGGACGCAGCCAUCAUCUCCACGCUCGUGUCAUCCGUGCUGCCGGUGGAGCUGGCACGGGACAUGCAGACAGACACGCAGGACCACCAGAAACUCUGUUACUCCGCCCUCAUCCUGGCCAUGGUCUUCUCCAUGGGGGAGGCAGUGCCCUGUGCGCACUAUGAGCACCUGGGCACCCCCUUCGCCCUGUUUCUGCUGAGCAUCGUGGAGGACGGGCUGCCGUUGGACACCACAGAGCAGCUGCCAGAUCUCUGCAUGAACCUGCUUCUGGCGCUCAACUUGCACCUGCCAGCCCCCGACCAGAACGUCAUCAUGGCCGCCCUGAGCAAGCACACCAACGUCAAGAUCUUCUCUGAGAAGCUGCUCUUGCUCCUGAACAGAGGGGAUGACCCCGUGCGCAUCUUCAAACACGAGCCGCAGCCGCCGCACUCUGUCCUCAAGUUCCUGCAGGACGUGUUUGCCAGCCCCGCCACGGCUGCCAUCUUCUACCACACAGACAUGAUGGCGCUCAUCGACAUCACCGUGCGGCACAUCGCGGACCUGUCGCCCGGAGACAAGCUGCGCAUGGAGUACCUGUCCCUGAUGCACGCCGUGGUCCGCUCCACACCCUAUCUGCAGCACCGCCACCGGCUCACUGACCUGCAAGCCACACUGCGGCGUAUCCUGGCUGAAGAGGACGCCUCACCCCAGUGCCAGAUGGACCGCAUGAUUGUCCAAGAGAUGUGCAAGGAGUUUCCAGUGCUGGGCGAGGCCCCCAGCUAGCACCUUCCUUUCUUCCCUUCCCUGCAGCCCUGGGCAGGGAUCAGAGGACUUGGGGCUUGGCCCUAAGAAUGUUUUGCACCGACAGUGUUAGGGGAUGUGGUGGUAGAAGGGACCUGAGCAGGGCCCCCCACCAGAAGUAGGGUUAAUGCGAGGGGCCAAGUGCAGAAUUGAGGACCACGCUCUGGGAACAGUGCUGGGGCAAAGGUAGUUUGUGAGCUGAAGUCCAUCUGCCCAGGCUGCCUGUUCAGCAUGUCCCCCCACCCCCACUCCCCAUAUACACAUGCACACUCAGAGUCCUGCUGCUGCUGCUCCAGGCUGAGCCAGAGCCCUGUCCCCACCCGUCAGGUCUGUGUCCUGGCCUUCAGCCAGCCAUGUCCUUGGGGUGAGGGGAUUUCCUGCCAGCUGUUUUUUUUUUUGCCUUAGCUUUGCAGUAAAUGCUGCUCAUGUGCUUCCCCUGCCCUUGGGGGGGGGGGGUUGCUACCCCUCAUUCCCACCCCCAGGGGCCUUGGCCAAGCUGCUGCUUUUAGAGCAGAAUCUUGGAAACGGGCCACUCAUCGAGCCUCACAGAACGGAGUGAUGGCACUGAGAAAGCCAAUGACAGAUUCUAUUUUCUCUGUAAAAAUGUAGACUGGAAAGCCAUGUGUAUUUUCCUAUGUGUCGCUGCUCACCUUUGGAAAUAAAUCACAGGCCUCUGCAAACAGGCUUCCCAGUACAGU